GCUUGACGUCGGUCGGACGAGGGCUGCAGCUGCAACGACGUCGGACGUGCCGGAUCUUCUUCCCGGAACCAUGUCCAGGCAGGAAGCAGGCGCCAACGCCUCCUCUUGGGUCGUUGCUUCCGGGCGGGGCGAGGCAGUGUCUCGGGCUCUGGAAAGGCGGUCGGCAGAGGAGACGAACCCGAGAGGGCGAGGAGGCCAUAGGCGCGGCAGAGUCGGCUGCUGGAGGGACUCCUGUGGCCUUCAGCAGCCUGGGGUCGCUAGUUUUCAGGAACCGCCACUGUCCUUCAGGUUGAAGAACGACUGGGUCGGCGCGGUGAUCGGCCGUGGUGGAUCAAAAAUAAAUGAGAUUCAGAGCACAACAUCCACCAAAAUACAGGUAAUAAAAGGGUACCCUGAGGCAGAAGUAAGGAUUUUUGGCACCAAGGCAAUGCAGAGCAAAGCGAAAACGGUGAUAGAUGAUCUUGUUAAAAAACAAGAAGAAUACAAAUCAGAACCCAGAGUUGAUGUUGCUGCUAUCCAAACUUCUGGUGGAAAAGACGCAAGGAAGGAUGUUUCAAGAGAUCAGAAGUUGAUUGAUUGGGAUAGCUUGCGAGAAAAUAUUUGGAAAUGGAGCGAAAAGAAGUGGGCAGGUUUACCUUCAAUUAAGAAAAACUUUUACGUGGAGUCAGAAACGACAAGUUCAAUGUCACAGGAACAGGUAGACAAUUGGAGGAAGGAAAAUUAUAACAUAACGUGUGACGACCUGAAAGACGGGGAGAAACGUCCUAUUCCCAAUCCGACGUGUACAUUUGAGGACGCAUUUCAGUGUUACCCUGAAGUUAUGAAAAACAUUGAAAAGGCAGGUUUUCAAAAGCCAACACCAAUUCAGUCACAGGCAUGGCCAAUCAUUCUACAAGGAAUAGAUCUUAUAGGAGUAGCCCAAACCGGAACAGGGAAGACUUUGUCCUACUUAAUGCCUGGAUUUAUUCAUAUUGACUCACAGCCUGUAGCCAGGAAUGGGCCCGGCAUGUUAGUCCUUACGCCCACUCGGGAGUUAGCUUUGCAAGUGGAAUCUGAGUGUUCUAAAUAUUCAUACAAAGGUCUUAGAAGUAUUUGUAUAUACGGUGGUGGAGAUAGAGACGGACAAAUAAAGGACUUAUCGAAAGGUGUAGAUAUCAUUAUUGCCACUCCCGGAAGGCUCAACGAUCUGCAAAUGAAUAACUUUGUGUACCUGAAGAGCAUAACCUACCUGGUAUUAGAUGAAGCUGACAAGAUGCUGGAUAUGGGAUUUGAACCCCAGAUAAUGAAGAUUUUACUGGAUGUACGCCCAGACAGGCAGACAGUUAUGACAAGCGCAACUUGGCCAUAUGCUGUCCGGAGACUUGCACAAUCUUAUUUGAAAGAGCCCAUGAUUGUAUAUGUUGGGACUUUGGAUCUAGUUGCUGUAAGUACCGUGAAGCAAAAUAUAAUUGUCACCACAGAAGAUGAGAAACGGUCGCACAUCCAGACUUUCAUAGAGAGCAUGUCUCCCAGAGACAAAGUCAUCAUAUUUGUUAGCCGGAAAGCUGUCGCUGACCAUUUGUCGAGUGACCUGGGUAUCCGACGCAUAUCUGUAGAGUCUCUGCACGGCAACAGAGAACAGAGCGAUCGAGAGAGAGCAUUAAAAAACUUUAAAACAGGAAAAGUGAGAAUACUGAUUGCUACUGAUUUAGCAUCUCGUGGUCUCGACGUCCACGAUAUCACACAUGUGUAUAAUUACGAUUUUCCCCGCAACAUCGAAGAGUAUGUGCACAGAGUGGGGCGCACCGGAAGAGCAGGGAGGACUGGGGUAUCUAUUACCCUUAUCACUAGAAGUGAUUGGAAGAUUGCCAGCGAGUUAAUUAAUAUUCUGGAAAGAGCAAAUCAGAGUAUCCCGGAGGAUCUCAGAGCGAUGGCGGAGAGAUACAAAGCGAACAAACUAAAAAAAGAAAUGGAAAAAAAAAUGGCACGACUCCCAGGGAAACCCAAGAAGUUUUAUUAUUAAUAUCUAUGUUGAAAAG